CACGCAAAAAAAUAUACUUAUACAUCAAAAAAGCAUUAAAUUAGCAGACUUUGGCUUAUCAAAGAAGAAUCGAGCUAUAUUGCCUUAUGUAGAUCCAAAAGUUUUGAUGUGGCAGAUUUCAAGUGGACGUCAGCCAUUUUAUUUCGAAGGUGUUGAUUAUGAUUUAAGGUUAGCUUUGAAUAUAAUAAAUGGAGAAAGCGAAGAAAUUAUUGAUGGAACUCCUACUGAAUAUAGUAAUAUAUAUCAAGAAUGUUGGAAGUAUGAACCAGUUUAG